AUGACAACUAGAACGCUUAAUGUUAAGCCAUCGAUGGGCUCAAUGACGGCCAAUACCGAAAUGGGCACAGCAGCGACAAGUGGUAAUAACGGAAGACAAGGUUUCAGGCCAUGUGCUGACUGCACAUGCACCCCGGGAUUGUUAUGGAGACAGGGUAGAAGAACAUCGCAAUUUCUGAGAAAAAUGUCAAAUAGUAGGAGAAGCACUUCUCAAGGGGGUUCAAGAGCUAGCUCAAGCGAAUCGAUAUACUCAAGCGACACGAUUUGGCAAACGAAGGUUGUCAACACAGACGGACGUUUACUUGAACUAAGGAAACUAAUGGCAAAGAAUGAAUUAUGCUGUUACAUUGUGCCAUCGGAGGAUGAACAUCAGUCAGAAUAUGUGUCUGAAGCUGAUCAAAGACGUGCUUUCAUUUCUGGUUUUACUGGAUCCGCGGGUGUCGCGUGCAUUACUAGAAAUCUUUUGAAUUUCAAUGAGGAAAGUCCCGACGGAAAAGCAGUGUUAAGUACAGAUGGAAGGUAUUUUUUACAAGCCACGCAACAGUUGGAUUCUAAUUGGACUUUGUUAAGACAAGACGAGGAUCAACUCACUUGGAAUCAGUGGUGUGUAAACGAGGCAUUUGAGAUGUCUAUGAGCUUGGGUGGUAAGCCUGCCAAGAUCGGGAUUGACCCUAAGCUCGUAACUUAUACUUCCGUAUUGGAAUUCCAGAAAUUGAUCAAGGAAAAAACGGCAGAUACCGAAGCAGUAGUUGAGUUUAUUCCAUUGGAAGAAAAUCUAAUCGAUUCUAUCUGGUAUAAUGUCGAAAGUAAGCCAGAGAGACAUUUUAGUAAUUUGUUACUAUUGGAUUACAGAUACAGCGGAGAAACUUUCACAAGCAAGCGGGAGCGUCUAAUGAAGCACAUAAGGGAGAAGAAUUCGGGUUCAGAUUCACUAUGUAUUGUCGCACUUGAUGAAAUAUGCUGGUUGUUGAAUUUGAGAGGAUCGGACAUAGCUUACAAUCCGGUUUUUUAUGCUUACUUAUUGCUACAGGGUGAUGUAACUACCUUGUUCUGUAACAACCCUAUUAGUGACGAAAUAACAAAUUACUUUAAGGAGAAUAACAUAGCUGUGAAACCUUACAAGGAAAUAUGGGAUGUGCUGAAAACUGUUGCAGCUGAAUUCGUGGAGAAAAAUCAAACAAUGUUGCUUCCAAGUACAUCUUCAUGGGAACUAAUCCGUGCCAUGGGUUCUGCUAAUUAUGUCCUAGUUCAAGCUCCUGUUGAAGUUUUAAAAGUAGUGAAGAACAAAUUUGAGAUCGAGAACGCCCGGGCCGCGCAGGUAAAGGAAGCAGUGUGUUUAGUUCAAUAUUUUUCUUGGUUGGAGCAGCAACUUGUUGAAAAGGAGAAGUUGAUUGAUGAAUAUAGCGCUGCUAAAAAGUUACUGGAAAUCAGAAAGACCCAGUCAACUUUUAUGGGUAACGCCUUUCAAACGAUAUCUUCUUCUGGAGCUAAUGCUGCUACUAUUCAUUAUGCAGCACCAGAGGACGGUUCGGCUAUGAUAUGUCCAUACAAGGUUUAUUUGUGUGAUUCAGGUUCACAAUUUAUGGAGGGUACUACUGAUAUCACUCGUACGUUGCACAUGAAAGAACCAACGCAGGAGGAAAUUGACAUGUACACAUUGGUUUUAAAAGGUAAUUUGGCCUUAGAAAGAGCAGUAUUUCCAGAGGGUACUGCUGGUCACAUUAUUGAUGUUUUUGCAAGACAAUUUUUGUGGCAAUACGGUCUAGACUACAGGCAUGGUACUGGACAUGGUGUGGGUUCAUUUUUGAAUGUUCAUGAGGGCCCAAUAGGAUUUAGCGUUGCCACCAGCCGCAUUCCGUUAGAAGCCGGCAAUAUUAUCACUAAUGAACCAGGUUUUUAUAAGGACGGUGAGUUCGGAAUUAGAAUUGAAAAUGAAAUGUUAGUAACGGAGGCAGACGGCCUAAAGUUCGGUAAAAAAAAGUUCUUGAAGUUUGAAAACAUUACACUAGUUCCAUAUUGUAGAAAGUUGAUUAAUUGCAGGAUGCUAACUUCAGAAGAGAAAAAACAGAUUAAUGUAUAUUACCAUAAGAUCUGGAGGACAGUGGUGCCAUUCUUACAGCCACAAAGUAUAGCAUACCAAUGGCUAAAGAGAGAAACUGCACCUCUCUAA